UGAGAUGACUUUCGGUUCACACGGUUGAACCGGAUGAACCAAUUGUCAUUUGGAUUGUACUUCCAUACGUGGCUGUAAUUUGUGCAUUCUGUAUUUCUGUUGAUAGACAGAGAGAAAGAGGUCGAACGAGAGAGAAGUAAAAGAGAGAAAUGGCCAUUGCAAUGGGGAGAGCUUUGCUUCUCCAUCCUUGCUCGGCUUCUUCUUCUUCCACCUUAAGCUUCACAUCAAGGAACACCCACAAUCCAUACUCGAGCUUAGCUGCUGACACACUAUGGUCGGCCGCAAAAACCGGGCCACGUCACCCACUGACCGUGGCUCAAGCUCAACCGCGACCCACCUGGCUCCCUGGGCUCGACCCUCCUCCAUAUCUCGAUGGCAGCUUGCCAGGAGACUAUGGGUUCGACCCGCUUGGGCUCGGAGAGGACCCGGACAGCUUGAAGUGGUAUGUCCAGGCAGAGCUCGUCCACGCCAGGUUCUCCAUGCUUGGAGUUGCUGGAAUCCUCUUCACUGACUUGCUGAGGGUUACGGGAAUCAAGAACUUGCCAGUCUGGUACGAGGCAGGCGCCGUGAAGUUCGAUUUUGCAAGCACCAGAACUCUGCUCUUUGUCCAGCUUCUGUGGAUGGGGUAUGCUGAGACAAGGAGGUACAUGGACUUCGUUAGCCCAGGAUCUCAAGCCAAGGAAGGUUCCUUCUUCGGGUUGGAAGCUGCACUGGAAGGACUGGAGCCAGGGUAUCCAGGAGGUCCUUUGCUGAACCCGCUCGGGCUGGCGAAGGACGUGAAGAGUGCUGGUGCAUGGAAGCAGAAGGAGAUUAAGAACGGGCGGCUGGCAAUGGUGGCGAUGCUGGGAUUCUUCGUGCAGGCAGCUGUGACUCAUAAGGGUCCGAUCGAUAACCUUGUGGAGCACCUCUCGAAUCCGUUUCACAAUACCAUCAUUCACACCCUGUCUAACUGAAGAGAUUGCAGCAGUUCUCUUCUUCUUGCUGCUUCGUCUUGAGAUAUGGAGCAAAGACUCGUCAUUUUUUUUUUCAGGGGAUGUAACUUGUUCAAUUUGUGCCUCAGCUACUUGAGGCUUCCAUUUGUUGCAAAAAGAAAAGUAAAAAUGUAUAAAAAAUUCCGACCUACCGGAUUCGAACCAGUGACCUAAGGAUUUCAGCAUUUUACUACAGUCCUCCGCUCUACCAACUGAGCUAAGGUCGAAUUGAUGGUAUGUUGUUUAAAAGUUUUUUAAUUAUAAAUAGAAAGGUAUCCAACUGGCCUAAUACAUGAC